AUGCAACACCAGGACUCGCAGACGCUGAAGUACACGUGGGACCAGGUGUUUUGUGGCUUCUGGCUGCGUUACCCAAAUCCAUACAGUAAACAUGUUCUGACAGAGGACGUCGUCCACCGGUCUGUGGACAAGGACGGCAGACUGUUCACCAAGAAGCUUCUCAGCAAGACCAACAGUGCGCCCAAGUGGAUGGAGCGCUUUCUUCCCACAAAGCUUGUUUACAUCAUUGAGGAAUCGGUCGUCGACUUGAAGGCAAAGACACUCACCACAUAUACUCGCAAUAUCGGUCUCAAACACCUACUGAGCGUCGAGGAAAAGGUCGUCUACAGACCACACAAUGAAAACACCUCAUGGACGGUCUCGGAGAAAAAAGUUUGGGUUGACUCAUCAGUUUACGGCCUUGCGUCAGCUGUUAAACGCUUUGGCGUGGAGAGAUACAAACAGAACAUCAAGAAGGCCUACAAAGGCUUCAACUUUACCCUCGAGAUGAUGUACGGCAGUAACAGGGUCAAGAAUUCGCCUCCCUUUAAUCUCGUCUUGAAGCAAAACAUCAAAGACAGUGCCACUAAAGCAAGCGAGUUUGCCAAGUCCAAAGUUCCUCUCGUUAUCGCUUCCUCCGCCGAAGACAACCAGUAG